UAAAUACGUGGCUGAGGGAUUGGAACAGGGGGCAGGGAUUCAGAUUUCUGGAUCAUUGGGACCUCUUUUGGGGCGGGUGUGACCUGUACAAAAAGGACGGGUUGCACUUGAAUUCUAAGGUGACCAAUAUCCUGGCCGGGAGGUUUGCUAAGGCUACUGGGGAGAGUUUAAAAUAGAAUUGUUGGGGUGGGAACUGAAAUGAAGAGACUGGGGAAGAAGAUGUUGGCUCACAAAUAGAGAAAGCUUGGAGACGGUGUGUGAGGGAGAAUAGGCAGGUGAUAGAGAAGGGAUGCGCUCAGACCGACAGUUCUUUUUAACGCAAGGAGUAUUGUGAACAAAGCGGAUGAGCUUCGAGCGUGGAUCAGUACUUGGAGAUAUGAUGUGGUGGCCAUUACAGAGACUUGGAUGGCUCAGGGACAGGAAUGGUUACUUCAAGUGCUGGGUUUUAGAUGUUUCAGAAAGGACAGGGAAGGGGGCAAAAGAGGUGGGGGGUGGCACUGUUGAUCAGAGAUAGGGUCACGGCUGCAGAAAAGGUGGAUGUCAUGGAGGGAUUGUCUACGGAGUCUCUGUGGGUGAAGGUUAGGAACAGGAAUGGGUCAAUAACUUUACUGGGUGUUUUUAUAGGCCGCCCAAUAAUAACAGGGAUAUCGAGGAGCAGAUAGGGAAACAGAUCCUGGAAAGGUGUAAUAAUAACAGAGCAGUCCUGAUGGGAGAUUUUAAUUUCCCAAAUAUUGAUUGGUAUCUCCUUUGAGCGAGGGGUUUAGAUGGGGUGGAGUUUGUUAAGGUGUUCAGGAAAGUUUCUUGACACAAUAUGUAGGUAAGCCUACAAGAGGAGAGGCUGUAUGUACUUGAUUUGGUUUUGGGAAAUGAACCUGGUCAGGUGUCAGAUCUCUCAUUGGGAGAGCAUUUUGGAGAUAGUGAUCAUAAUUCUAUCUCAUUUACAACAGCAUUGGAGAGAGAUAUGAACAGACAAGUUAGAAAAGUGUUUAAUUGAAAUAAGGGGAAUUAUGAGGCUAUCGGGCAGGAAAUUGGAAGCUUAAAUUGGAAACGAAUGUUCUCAAGGAAAAGUAUGGAAGAAAUGUGGCAAAUGUUCAAGGGAUAUUUGUGUGGAGUUCUGUGUAGGUACGUUCCACUGAGACAGGGAAGUUAUGUUAGGGCACAGGAACCAUGGUGUACAAAGGCUGGCAUAAAUCUAGUCAAGAAGAAAAGAAAAGCUUACAAAAGCUUCAGAGAGCUAGGUAAUGUUAGAGACCUGGAAGAUUAUAAGGCUAAAAGGAAAGAGCUUAAGAAGGAAAUUAGAAGAGACAGAAGGGUCCAUGAGAAGGCCUUGGCAGGCAGGAUUAAGGAAAACCCAAAGACAUUCUACAAGUAUGUGAAGAGCAAGAGGAUAAGACAUGAAAGAAUAGGACCUAUCAAGUGUGACAGUGGGAAAGUGUGUAUGGAACUGGUGGAAAUAGCAGAGAUACUUAAUGAAUACUUCAGUAUUCACUAUGGAAAAGGAUCUUGAUGAUUGUAGUGAUGACUUGCAACAGACUGAAAAGCUUGAGCAUGUAGAUAUUAAGAAAGAGGAUGUGCUGGAGCUUUUGGAAAGCAUCAAGCUGGAUAAGUCACCAGGACUGGAUGAGAUGUACCCUGGACUACUGUGGGAGGUGAGGGAGGAGAUUGCUGACCCUCUGGCAAUGAUCUUUGCAUCAUCAAUGGGGACGGGAGAGAUUCCAGAGAAUUGGAGGGUUGCGGAUGUUGUUCCUUUAUUCAAGAAAGGGAGAAGAGAUAACCCAGGAAAUUAUAGACAGUGAGUCUUACCUCAGUGGUUGGUAAGUUGAUAGAGACGAUCCUGAAAGGCAGAAUUUAUGAACAUUUGGAGAGGUAUAAUAUGAUUAGCAAUAGUCAGCAUGGCUUUGUCAAGGGCAGGUCGUGCCUUGCGAGCCUGAUUGAAUAUUUUGAGGAUGUGACUAAACACAUUGAUGAAGAAAGAGCAGUAGAUGUAGUGUAUAUGGAUUUUAGCAAGGCAUUUGAUAAGGUACCCCAUGCAAGGCUUAUUGAGAAAGUAAGGAGGCAUGGGAUCCAAGGGGACCUUGCUUUGUGGAUCCAGAACUGGCUUCCCCACAGAAGGCAAAGAGUGGUUGUAAGCGGGUCAUAUUCUGCAUGGAGGUUGGUGACCAGUGGAGUGCCUCAGGGAUCUGUUUUGGGACCCUUACUCUUCGUGAUUUUUAUAAAUGACCUGGAUGAGGAAGUAGAGGGAUGGGUUUGUAAGUUUGCUAAUGACACAAAGGUUGGAGGUGUUGUGGAUAGUGUGGAGGGCUGUCAGAGGUUACAGAGGGACAAUGAUAGGAUGCAAAACUAGGCUAAGAAGUGGCAGAUAGAGUUCAACCCAGAUAAGUGUGAAAUGGUUCAUUUUGUUAGGUCAAAUAUGAUGGCAGAAUAUUGUAUUAAUGGUAAGACUCUUGGCAGUGUGGAGGAUCAGAGGGAUCUUGGGGUCCGAGUCCAUAGGGCACUCAAAGCAACUGCGCAGGUUAACUCUGUGGUUAAGAAGACAUAUGGUGUAUUGGCCUUCAUCAAUCGUGGAAUUGAAUUUAGGAGCCGAGGGGUAAUGUUGCAGCUAUAUAGGAUGCUGGUCAGACCCCACUUGGAGUACUGUGCUCAGUUCUGGUUGCCUCACUACAGGAAGGACGUGGAAACCAUAGAAAGGGUGCAGAAGAGAUUUACAAGGAUGUUGCCUGGAUUGGGGAGCAUGCCUUAGGGCUGAAAUGGUUGCCACAAGAGGACACAGGUUUAAGGUGCUGGGGAGCAGGUACAGAGGAGAUGUCAGGAGUAAGUUUUUUACUCAGAGAGUGCUGAGUGCAUGGAAUGGGCUGCCAGCAACGGUGGUGGAGUCAGAUACGAUAGGGUCUUUAAAGAGACUUUUGGAUAGGUACAUGGAGGGCUAUAGGUAAGCCUAGUAAUUUCUAAGGUAGGGACAUGUUCGGCACAGCUUUGUGGGCCGAAGGGCCUGUAUUGUGCUGUAGGUUUUCUGUGUUUCUAUGAGUGUGCUGCACAGACCAAAGUUCGAAGUACAGCCCUGAAAAUCAUUUUACCAGUCUUGGGCAGCUUUGUAUUGAGCCGCCAACAGUCCAAAUCCUCGGGUACCUGGUGUUCAGGGGUGGGGGUUGGUUGGAGAAUCUCUUUUCCUGGGCUUGGCCAGGGUUGCCGUCCAUUGGUCCAAGUGUCUUUUGCAGGGCUUUUGUCAGAGAUACAUCUGCUCCCAGAUGCCUGCUGGGGCAGCACCCACUGGUCGGCUGGAGGAGCUGAAAAGCAUUGGUCACAAUUUAAUCCGAAACUGGUGUAAAAGAUGUCAGGUUAUUGUUUCAAAGGAAAAUUGGGCUCUUGGGGAAGGGCUGCGUACUAGGAUGUGGUGCCUCUCAUUGGUAGAAUGUCCUCCAUUGUACCAACGAGUACAACUAAAACCAUAAGAUGCUGGAGCAGAAUUAGGCUAUUUCGCCCAUUGAGUCUUUCACCAUUCUAUUGUGGGCUUAUUUUGAAGAACAAUGAUGAAAAUAAUCUGUCAUCUUAUUGCUGUAUUGAUACACCUUGGAGCUGGUGGUCAUUCUAAACCCAACAUGGUAACUAAAAAUGUUAUAGCCAUCCUUGGCCAGUCUGUCACGCUGGAAUGCAGUGUCAAGACAUCGCUAGAGCAUUGCUUCAUCAACUGGCAACGGAAGAAGACUCAUCAGGUUGUCCACAGCUACUAUUAUAACCAAAAUCAGCAUAAAUUUCAGGAUUCACAAUAUACAGGCAGGACGACACUAUUCCCUGAAGAGUUUAAAAAUGGGAAUGCUUCCCUGAAACUCAACAGAGUGAAUUCACUGGAUUCUGGAUUAUAUCAGUGUUACACUACUUGCAACAGCAGUCAUGAAAGUCUUCUGAAUGUUACUGUUGCAGCAUAUUACGAUGAGCCAGUUUUGUCAAUCAAGCAGAAGUUUUCCAGCUGUAUUCUAACGUUCGAGUCGCAUGGUCUCCCAGUUGCAGAUGUUUCGUGGUACAACGGAGAUAGUCUGAAUCGUUCCAUUUCAGCUAAACAUGUGUUCUGGACAUCUGACGACGGCCUAUACACAAUCCAAAGCUCAACGCAAGUUGAUAUCAGAGAAAAAACAAACUAUACAUUUGUGCUAAGAAAUGUUGCUCUCAAUCAAACCAUUUUGAGGACACUAAGUUUUACUUCAGAUGCUGUCUAACCUGCUGAGUAUUUCCAGAAGCUUUCAUCUCAGACUUCCAGUAUCUGUGGUGUUUUGCUUUCCAAAGAAAAAGUCAGUGGAUCUACCUUCUUCUGGAAGGAGUGAGGAGAAGACCAUAAGACAUAGUGUUAGGUAUUUGUGACAUGACAGUGGUACCCUUGUCACGUGACUGAGGUUGAAGCUAUACUGGACUUGAGGUAAUGGUCUUGUGAUGGUGGAGUGACGUCAUUUUCCCGCCAGUAGAGAUCAUGUGACAGGUUUUUUUUACAGGUUAUAAAAGGAAGACCCCACCCUGUGAGGAGGGGCAGUUCGUGGCUGGAUUUGCCAAGUUGACUUAAUGCCACUGCGUCAUUUAGUUGAAAGAUGAAGUUUUAUCUAAUGCCUAAAGUUUAAAAGGUCAUUGCCAGCAGGUUCUUUACAAUACUGCUAGUUUGAGAAUCAGUGGAGAGUGAAGAUCGGAGUUCGGGAGUUAAAGAUCGAGGAGAAUCGAUUUCUAUGGUGAAAUGGGUUCGACCUUUGUUUGAUCCUUAUUUGAAAGGAUUUCGUUGACUAUUCUCGUGUUAAUCCCUGAGAAUAGCAGAAAGGAUUGAGGAUAGUGUGGAAGGAAAGGUCAGUGCCUUUAAGCCGUUCCGUUUCAUAAAAUUCUUCGUGGGAAAAGUUCGACAUCGGGGACUGAAGAAAAACGACGUGAAAGAGAAUUUAAAUCGUCUUAAAAAGUCUCUCCCUUAAAUGGACUGUGAGCAUUUCGAACUUUUGGCAAUACUACUUUAAAGAACUGUUUUUGCAACAUCGCUUUAAGAACUAUUUGAGCUGCAUCACUUUAAGAACUGUUUAGGCUGCCGCACAGCAGCUGUUUCCGGUUACGUUGGUGUUUGUUUACUUUUAGGGGGUUUGUUUUCAGUGAUUAAUAAACGUGUCAUUUGUUAUACAAACCCUUGCCUAACUCAUAUAUUUAUUGUUGCCUGAAUACGUAACAAUAGGAGCAGGAUAGCCAUUCGUAAAUCACCUAAUAUUUUGGGUAUUACUUCGGGGGGGGGGGGACAUAUAUCAUUAUAUCAUUAUAUGCUGAUGAUUUGUUAUUAUACAUAUCUGACCCUGAAAGAUCUAUUCCUGCUAUUUUGUCCUUGCUUGCUCAGUUUAGUAACUUUUCUGGUUAUAAAUUGAAUUUUAAUAAGAGCAAAUUAUUUCCAUUAAAUAUGCAAGUUCCAAUUAUAAAGAUUUACCAUUUAAAGUUGUUACAGAUUAUUUUACUUAUUUAGGUAUUAAAAUUACUAAAAAACAUGAAGAUUUAUUUAAAGCUAACUUUUUACCCUUAAUUGACCAAAUUAAGCAACUUGCUAUUAGGUGGUCUCCACUAUCUUUGUCAUUGGUUGAUAGAGUUAAUGCUAUUAAGAUGAUGGUAUUACCUAAAUUCUUAUAUUUAUUUCAAGCAUUACCAAUUUUUAUUCCUAAAUCUUUUUUUGAUAUUAUUGACUCCAAAACAUCUUCCUAUCUAUGGCAGAAUAAAAAUCCUAGACUAGGUAAAAAAUAUUUACAGAAGCCUAAGAAGGAGGGCGGUUUGGCUUUGCCAAACUUGAGAUUUUACUAUUGGGCAGUUAAUAUACGAUAUUUAAUAUUUUGGACACAAGAAUUGAUUACAGCUGCUUGCCCACAAUGGGUAAAUUUGGAAUGUAAAUCUGUACAAGUCUUUUCACUGUUUUCAAUCUUAGGAUUUUCACUUCCUUUUUCUUUAUCUAAAUUGAAUAAACAAAUAACUAAUCCUAUAGUCAAAUACACAUUGCGAAUUUGGUUUCAAUUUUGUAAAUUUUUUGGUUUGAAUAAGUUUAUUUUAUCAUGCCCUAUAAUAUCUAACUAUUUCUUUCGGCCCUCUUAUAUGGAUCAAGCUUUUCUUUUAUGGAAAACAAAAGGUAUAACAUGUUUUCAUGAUUUGUUUUUGGAUGAUAGCGUUAUGUCCUUUGAACAGCUAUCUAAUAAAUAUAAUUUACCUAAAACCCAUUUUUUUAGAUAUUUGCAAGUUAGAAAUUUUUUGUAUAAGGAGUUACAGUUUUUUCCGAAAUUAUGUCCAUUGGACAUUACGGAAAGAAUUCUAGCUCUGAAUCCUUGUCAAAAGGGUUUAGUAGCUGUCAUUUAUAAUAUGAUCAUGAAAAUACAGCCAGAUGUAUCAGAAAAAAUUAAGAAGGAAUGGGAAAAAUCUUAUAUCCACUGAGCAGUGGGAGAAAAUUUUACUAUUAGUCAAUUCGUCCUCUGUUUGUGCUAAACAUGCCCUAAUACAAUUUAAGGUUGUACAUAGAGCUUAUAUGUCUAAGGAUAAACUUGCUCGAUUUUAUUCUCAUGUUAAUCCAACCUGGGACACAUGUCAUUCUGAUGUCGCUUCAUUGACCCAUAUGUUUUGGUCUUGUCCUUGUUUACAAAAUUACUGGAAGGAUAAUUUCAGUAUUAUUUCAAGAGUUCUGAAUAUCAAUUUCCAACCGCAUCCUUUUACUGCAAUUUUUGGUUUACCAAUGGUGGAUAAUAGUCGUUUAUCCGCUUCAUCUCGACGAAUGAUUGCAUUUGUUACAUUAAUGGCUAGAAGAUCUAUUUUAUUGAAUUGGAAAGAAAUUAAUCCUCCAACUAUAUUUCAGUGGCUUUCUCAAACUAUCUCUUGUUUGAGCUUAGAAAAAAUUAGAAGUGUUGUUUUUGAUCCUUCAGUUAAAUUUGAAGAAACUUGGAGACCAUUUAUUCAACAUUUUCAUAUGAGUUAAAUUGUCUUUUCCUAAACCUUAAUUUUAUUAUCCUUAAUUAUUUGGAUGGAGGUUCAGAGUUAUUGGUGCUACUGUAUGUAUUUAACAUUAUGCAAUGGCCCAUGUUGGUUAGUGUUUUUUUUUCCUCUUUUUUUUUUGUUUUUUUUUCUUUUUGUUUCUUUUGUUCAUAAAUACUGUGAGUUUGGGAGGCCAUAUAUAUUGAUUAUUAUAUAUUUGAAUGUCUACUUAAACUAUC